CUAUCGAUAACAUGGGCACGUACUGAACCAUCGCAAACUUCGGGAGUGCCAUCACUAUUAUUAAAACCCUUCUGACCAGGCGUGCAAAAAAUAACAUUUAAACCCCAAAAGAGAAUAAUUGCGUUUCUGUGGCGGGAUUCCAGUGGCAUGCAUGGACACUAGAAGGAGCCACGGCCAGCGAAAGCGCAAUGACGGAGAAAACAGAGAAAGCGGCGGGCGUGGAGCAGCCCCAAAUGACGGAGUCUCAGCCAAGUCCUACGGAGCAGGUCCCAAUAAAGGUGAAGAGCGAGCAACCGGACGCCGAAGUUGAGGCCAAGCUCCGGGCCCUGAAUGCCAAGUUCAAGGCGGAGGCAAUGGCCCUAGAGAAAAGCAACACCAGGGAUCAGGCCGACGAAACGGAUGACAGCGAGAGUUCCAUCUCGGCGGAGGACAAGAAGGACAUCGUGCCGGUGAAGUCCUCCAACGAGAUCCUCGCAGAGCUGUUCGGCGUGUUCAACGCCGCUCCCCCAGAGGAACUCUUAGACGACAAGAAUCUACUGAAAAAGAAAAAGAAGGUCAAGAAGGAGAAAAAGGAAAAGAAGGCUAAAAAGAAAAAGACGGCCAAGUCGGAUGGCGAAUGCAGCGACUCUGAAGCGGACGGCAAGCACAAGCACAAGCGAAAGAAGCACAAGCACAAACACAAAGACGGCAAGGACAAGGAAAAGGAUCGGGAUCGAGAUCGGGAUAGGGAUAGGGAGAAAUCCAAGGAAAAGGCUGCACCGGCAGUUGCUCCCGCUGAGAAGGAGAAAGAAAAGUCUGAGAACAGGAAGCGGUUCGCUGCGGAUUCUACCAAUCACGCAGAUUCCCAUACCGUCAAGCGGGAACGACAUGAAAGGGACAAGGAUCGCGAUCGUGAGAAAGAAAGGGAACGUGUCCGCUCCCACAAUAGCUUUUACAAUGGCCACCGGGAGUCAGACCGCUCGAGAGGAUCGGACACUGCCAGGACCAAUUCACGGCAGGCGCGCGACCUCUCCGAUGUCUCACUCUCCGACGAGGAGUCCUUUCUCCGGGAAAAAGCUUCAAAUGGCCGCCGUCGACAGCAUAACAGCUUUUACGAUGGCAAGGAGGAACGCAAGGAUGAUCCCAAGGACUCACCGAAGCGUAACGCGCGCGAAUCUAUCUCUCGAAGAAGCCGAAGGUCCAGAUCACGUUCCCAUGAGCUUGUAAUCGACAAGAAGCGACUUCUCGAGAUCGCGCGCAAGAACGCCAUUAACAUGUUCAAGCGAGGUACUUUACCCGGCGUGGCCAACAUGACACCGGAGAUAAAGGACAAGGUGCUGGUCAAGAUGCGUUACGGCGGACGCAGUGUUCAAGAUCUGACAGACUUUUGUAAAAAGAUCUCCAACGGCGACGGGCUGUCAGAUCUAAGUUCUGACGAAGAUUCCGAUGUGGACAAAAAUGGCAAUGCUAAGGCAUUUCAUCAUCCCUUUCAGCUGAAGGAGCGGGAACCAAUUGUGAUGCACAUACGGAACUCCACGGCGCUGGUUCCUGCGCAGGCCCGGCAGGACGAGCAAACCAAGGCCAUAACCAUGCAAUUCCCGGUGUCCUCGGGCCAGACUCAUCGCAUGAACGAGGCGUGGGUGCCGGUGGAGCGGAAAGAUUCGCUGGUGCCACUGCCCUCUCUGCCGCCGGCCAAGCAGGCAACCAAUAUGUUUAAGGAAACGCCAAAGAACGUAUUUGCCAAGUCAAUGCCUUUGCAGGAGCAGCAGGAGCCCGCUUUUAAGUCGGUGGGGGGAGCGCCUGUAGUUCCUGCACCAGCUGCAACCCCUACACCCGCUGUUCCUCAACCAGUACCUCCGCCUCUACUAAAUCCAAAAGUUCCUGCUCCUUCUCCGACCGCGGCUGCUCCCUUUGUUUCCGAGGUGCCCAUCCCAUCGGCGUCGCCGGUUACGCCAGCGCAAAGUGCCUCCAUAUUUCCGGAGAUGACGCCGCCCUCCAUGGACGUCUCCAGCAUAAUUACCCAGCGUCUUAGUGCCAUUCGCCGCCUGCAGGACAAUCCUGGGGAUUCUGAGGCGCUGAAAAUGAUGUACAACGCGCAGCAAAACAUGUCGUCGUGGGCCAACUCGAAGCACCUGCCCGGCCAAUUUACAGGGAGCACGGGCGCCCAGGUGCUGACGGCCCAUGAGCUCAACAGCGGACGGCAGCUGUGGGUGCGCAGGGACCAAAUGACCUCCACCAAGCCAGUGACUGGUGGCAUGGGAAUGGCACUGCUGCAGAAGAUGGGCUGGAAACCGGGCGAGGGGCUGGGCAGAUGUAAGACUGGAUCCCUGCAGCCACUUUUGCUGGAUGUGAAACUGGACAAGCGUGGCCUGGUGUCGCGCGAGGACCUGAAACCGCCGCCAUCGCGACAGUCGGCCGCUCAGCGGAGAAACAAGAACGCAUCCGGACCUAUCGGAGGCUGUGGGCCUGCGGGAACGGGUUCGGGAUCGGGACCAGGACCAGGGGCGGGUGCUGGAACGCCACUGGUCACCCAGGACAAGCAUCCCGUGUGCGUGCUCAAUGAACUGACCUCGAAGAACAAGUGGACGCCGCCUCAGUACAAGCUUCGCCAGGAUAUCGGUCCUGCCCACAACCGCUCCUUCCUUUUCAGCGUAGAGAUCAACGGACAGACGUACACGCCGGAACGAGGAUGUAAUAACAAAAAGGAAGCCAAGCUUAACGCGGCCACGUUAUGUUUGAGAGCUUUGGGCAUACUUCAGCCCAGUUAGUAUCGGCACUAGGCCUAGGAUAAUUUCUAGAUAGUAAGUUAAAUAUAGUCCCGAAUUUGUACAUAAAGUAGUCUUAAAUCUUAGUUGCAAAGUUUUGUUCGUCUGCUUUGGAAUUGCUUAUUUUCCGUUAAAAUAACAUAAAACCUUGAUGACCCGUUUUCGUUUCCUUGCAGAGAAUAAAUGUAGAAACAUUUUAUGUUUGCCUAAA